UUUCACGUAACUACUUGAAGAUCCACGGCACUGAACGAAGAAGCCGGUAAAGGCUCGAGUACUCUCUUCUCGAUCGACGUCGUAUUCUCUAGGCCAAUAUGAAGUACAUUACUAUGAAGCCGAAGAAAUUGGGCAUCAUCGGUGGCCUCUUCCUCAUCUUUGGAUUCUGCGUGAUCGCGUUCCCUCCGUUCUUCAGAUCGCAACUGAAAAAGCGAGUAACACUGAAGCCUAAAUCCAUCAUACGAAAAUUCUGGUCACACUUACCAUUUCCGUUGGAUUUCAAAGUUUAUCUGUUCAACGUGACGAAUCCGAUGGAAAUUACGGCAGGAGAGAAACCAAUUGUCCAGGAAGUGGGACCAUUCUUUUACGACGUAUAUCAACACAAGGUAAAUCUGGUUGAUCGAGAAGAAGAUGACAGUGUGGAGUACAGCACGAGAACUACUUGGUUUUUCAAUCCAUCGUUAAGUAGCCCAUUAACUGGCGAAGAAGAGCUAGUCAUUCCUCAUCUAUUUAUUAUCGGCAUGGUCAAGCUUGUCCUCAAAUACGAGCCAAAAGCUGCAGGAAUGUUCAAUAAAGUUGUGGACAUUAUGUUCCACAAGCCCAGUUCUAUCUUCGUGAGGGUGAAAGUAAGAGAGAUUCUCUUCGAUGGUUUGCCUAUCGACUGCACAGGGAAAGAUUUCGGUUCGAAAGUAAUUUGCAACGUAUUGGAGCAAAGAGAUGACGUUUUCCAACGUGCUGGACCUGGACAAUAUUUGUUCUCUAUUCUUGGUCCUAAAAAUGGUACCAUUGCUCCUAACCGUAUACGAGUACUACGUGGGACAAAGGAUUACAAAGACAUAGGAAAAGUGAUCGAACUGAACGGGCAGAAAAAGUUGAAUGUCUGGUCCGGGGAUGAAUGUAAUACGUUCAAUGGCACGGAUGCGACGAUCUUCGCGCCAAUUCUCACGGAGAACGAGGAUAUGGCGACGUUUUUAGCCGAAUCUUGUAGAAGCUUCAUUAUACGUUUUUCUCACAAGAACAAAGUCAAAGGCAUCAACACGUACCAUUAUACAACUGAUUUAGGUGACAUGAGUACAAAUCCUGCGGAAAAGUGUUUCUGUCCCACACCGAAGACUUGUUUGACGAAAAAUCUUUUCGACUUGUCUAAAUGUGUAGGUAUUCCAAUUAUCCUUUCUUUGCCACAUUUCCUUGGAUCAGAUGAAAAGUACUUGAAAAGGGUUGACGGACUUCAUCCCAACGAGGCAAAAGGUGGCAAAGUUCGAGUUAAUGAGAAACUUUCCAAAAUGUUUGUUCCCGUUGGUAUGGAUUGAUCAGGGUUUAACGAUCCCCAAUAAGUUUAUGGUAAUAAUAAUAAUCGGGUUCAAGCUAAUGAGCACAAUCAGGUUUAUGAGGUGGUUCAUAAUAAUAAGCGGCACUUGCAUGAGCGGAGCAGCCGCCAGAAUGUUCUUCAAAGACAAAGAGAAACGUCCUUUGAAUGUAACGCAGGUAACACCGCAAUCGGAAACUGAAAAGGAUGAAAAUGAAGAGGAUGAAAAAGAUGAAAAUGAAGAAGAUGAAAAAGAUGAAACGGGUGAACAGAUAAAAUGGGCUUACCCGACGAACAAAAUCAGUAUGAUGCGAAAUGGUGCGAUACCGCCUAUUCGCGAAUAA